UCAAACGUAGGGGCCCUCCUUUCUGUUAUUCUUCCCAAACUUUGAGUACGGCUCAGGAGGGCCAUGAAGUUGGCUGGCGUGGCCCUGAGCUGAAGAACAGGGCACGCCCCACCACGGAGGGGCAACCUGGCAGCCAGCGCCAGCGUCACCUGCGCCUGCGCUGAGACCACCGUUCCCAGGAGCCUUCGCAGCCUAGUUGCUCUCUGUCCCAGAAAACCCGGUGCCGUUGGAUUCUGGUGGACCUGAAAGACGUGUGCAACAAGAAAGCACGAUGGAUAACAGAUUCCAGGAACAAGAACAGGCAGAAGCCUCUCAGAAAGACGUACUGUCCCGAGGGUGUGUAGAUCCCCAAAGCUGGCAAGAAAGCUGGAAAGAAGGCGGCUUUGGCCAAUAGCACCCGACAGAGGCUUCUGGGAAAUAGAGUCCCGUGGGGCGGCGGUGAGGCUUGUGCGCAUGACCGGAAGUGGCGCGCCACGCGCGUUCCCCUUGGCGCGCAAGCUGGGCCGUAGCGUUCCGACAGCGCCUUGAUUUAAGUGCCUUAAGCGCUGGUAGCUGGUUUUCUCGGAAAGCCGGCAGCGGCUUUUCCACCCAGGUUCUGCUUAAGGCCGAGGAGAGAGGCGGCUGUAGGUAGGAAAACAGAGCGGAAGACCCAGCUGGGCAGGCUCUUUAGGCUCAGACGGGGCUUCUGAAGGGAGAGGCCGCAGAAGAGGCGUUCAGCCUGGGAGCUGUCGGAACAGCUCCGCAAACCCGGCGAAAACCUUUGUGGAGCGAAGCUGACGCCCAGAGAACUGCCGGGAGGAGGUGGCGCGAGGUCGGACUCAAAUGCUGGAGGAAGGAGUACUGCCUUCUUCAGACACUGCCCUUCUGCAAGAGGAGAGCACAGAAGAGGAAGGAAUGGCUGCUAGUCUGCUCACAGCUGGGUCCCAGAGAUCUACAUCCUUCAGCAGUGUGACAAUAGCUUUUGCCCAGAAAGGGUGGAGGCACCUGGUCCCCAACCCGAGGGAUGGGUUCAAGGAGGAACUACCAGAAAAGUCCAAGAACCUGGUGCUACUAGACUGGAAGAUUGUAUCUACAUCACCACCAGAGCAAGCUAUUUCUGAAGAAUUGUCCCAAGACACAAAUAUAGAGAUGCCCCCUGGGGAGUCAGACCACAGGAUCAAUGAACUUAGGAAGAGCUGCGAUCUGAGGCCAGUCCUCUCUCCACAACAGAGAGUUCCUAUAGAAGCAAGACGUCACACAUGUAAGACAUACACCAAUGGCUUCAAGAAUUCAGAAAUAACCGAACCUCACAGAGCAAAACCGUACACAUGUAACGAAUGUGGCAAAGCCUUCAGUUACUGUUCUUCUCUUUCUCAGCAUCAGAAGAGCCACACUGGGGAGAAGCCCUAUGAGUGCAGUGAGUGUGGGAAGGCCUUCAGCCAGAGCUCGUCUCUCAUUCAGCACCAGAGGAUUCACACAGGAGAGAAGCCUUAUAAAUGCAGUGAAUGUGGAAAAGCCUUCAGCCAGAACGCAAACCUCACAAAACACCAGCGAACUCAUACAGGAGAAAAGCCCUACAAAUGCAGUGAGUGUGACAAAGCCUUCAGUGACUGUUCAGCCCUCGUUCAGCAUCAGAGAAUUCAUACCGGGGAGAAGCCCUAUGAAUGCAGCGACUGUGGUAAGGCCUUCCGCCACAGUGCAAACCUCACAAACCACCAGCGCACUCACACUGGGGAGAAACCCUACAAAUGCAGUGAGUGUGGGAAGGCCUUCAGUUACUGCGCAGCGUUCAUUCAGCACCAGAGAAUUCACACAGGGGAGAAACCCUACAAAUGUAAUGCUUGUGGGAAGGCCUUCAGCCAGAGUGCAAACCUCACAAACCAUCAGAGGACUCACACUGGGGAGAAACCCUACAAGUGCAGUGAGUGUGGGAAGGCCUUCAGCCAAAGUACAAAUCUUAUAAUCCACCAUAAGACUCACACUGGGGAGAAGCCGUAUAAAUGUAAUCAGUGUGGGAAAUUCUUCAGUGAGAGCUCAGCCCUUAUCCGACAUCAUAUAAUCCACACUGGAGAAAAACCUUAUGAGUGUAAUGAGUGUGGAAAAGCAUUUAACCAGAGUUCAUCCCUUAGUCAACACCAGAGAAUUCACACUGGCAUGAAGCCCUAUGAAUGCAACGAGUGUGGGAAGGCCUUCAGGUGUAGCUCAGCUUUCAUUAGACAUCAGAGACUUCAUGCUGGAGAGUAACUGGGUACAUAUUGGGAGUGGGGAGAGCCCCCCCUACAUGCCAACUCAUAACAGAUAUGUGGUGAUCUCAGACAAGUGCUGAAGGCUUGGAUACACCCAGUACCCCUACUUUUAUACUCUGUAAUCCAGACCACACCCAAGACACCUGCAAUAAAAGUCACUAUUU